AUGUUCCAGUUGGCGAAUGUGGCUUCCAUAUCGGAGCAAGAAUGUUGGGGAGACGAAAGAAAAGAAGAAGAACUCCGGAUGAAAAAUUCGCAGUAUCUGACCCCUUAUGGACUUGCGCUUGCAAUGCAGGCACAUCGUCGCCGCUGUCACGUUUACUCUGAAGCGCUGUAUGGAACACAGGGAAGGCGCUUUGAACACCCAGCGCUCUUCUUCUUGACGGUCAAGUACGAUGUGGCUACCAUCACACACUCUAAUGCAAUGCGGAAUACGCAGCCGGCAAGAUUAGCUUUUUGCUUUGCCAAGCCCCUUCAGCCUAGUGCACUUAGGAGUGCACAGAAGAGAAUUAGAAUACCUGACUGUCCACGUCUACGAAAGCUGAGACUUAUUCUCACAGAAACUGCUGGAGACCAAAGCUGUCAGCACGGAUCAUUAUACUAUGCGGAUGCAGAAAUGUCUUCGGAAGGAGUAGCCGCACCUCUAUAUCGCAACCCAGGCCUCCUCUGUGACAGACUUCCCGUAACCAGAAAAGUCGGGCCUCCUAUGUCGUGGUCAAUCGAGCUGUUUGAAAAGAUCAAAAUCAUGCCGCAACAUCGUCAAACUCAAGAGUUUUAUCCACCUGUCCCGAUCGAGCUCAAAGGCGGAGGGAAGAAGGAGAUGAUGCGGUGA